GCACAGCACCUCAAACUGUGAAGUUAUAGAGAGCAGGUGGUGGCUAGGUGCCUCCCUUGGGGACAUCACUUUGUCCCAGUCUGGUCUAUAACACCAUAGACAUUGUUUUUUGGUUUUUGUUAUUUGUCCUUAAAGAUUUCUGGCUACAAGGCUUUAGUAGUACACUCUGCAGUUUUCUGUUCUGUUCUAAGGGUUUCCACUUGCCAUUAACCACGAUUCUGCCUUGCAACUGUAUUUGCACCAGCCUUGUUUUCUGAGCUGACAAGUUUGCAGGUCUGGGCUGUCGGAGGGGCCUGAGUGCAAACUGGAACGUUCGCUAUGACGUUAGCUGCCAAACUGGAAGACUUUGAAGUGACCCUGGAACACCUGCUCAUGGAUGUGUUUAUGACGGAGGGCCGUCGAUGUCAAGUACAUCUUCUUGAUGACAGGAAGCUGGAACUCCUAGUACAGCCCAAGCUUUUGGCCAAGGAGCUGCUUGACCUUGUGGCAUCUCACUUCAACCUGAAGGAAAAGGAAUACUUUGGAAUAGCCUUCACAGAUGAGACAGGACACUUAAACUGGCUUCAGCUAGAUCGGAGAGUAUUGGAACAUGACUUCCCCAAGAAGUCAGGACCAGUGGUUUUAUACUUUUGUGUCAGGUUCUAUAUAGAAAGCAUUUCGUACCUAAAGGAUAAUGCCACCAUUGAGCUCUUCUUUCUGAAUGCUAAGUCCUGCAUCUAUAAGGAGCUGAUUGAUGUUGACAGUGAAGUGGUGUUUGAACUAGCCUCCUAUAUCUUACAGGAGGCAAAAGGAGAUUUUUCUAGCAACGACAUGGUGAGGAGUGACUUGAAGAAGCUGCCAGCGCUUCCCACUCAAGCCCUGAAGGAACACCCUUCCCUGGCCUACUGUGAGGACCGAGUCAUUGAGCACUACAAGAAACUGAAUGGCCAGACCAGAGGUCAAGCAAUUGUAAACUACAUGAGCAUCGUGGAGUCUCUUCCAACCUAUGGGGUUCACUAUUACGCAGUGAAGGACAAGCAGGGGAUACCAUGGUGGCUGGGACUGAGCUACAAAGGAAUCUUUCAGUAUGACUACCACGAUAAAGUGAAGCCAAGGAAGAUAUUCCAAUGGAGACAGUUGGAAAACCUGUAUUUCAGAGAAAAGAAGUUUUCUGUGGAAGUUCAUGACCCACGCAGGGCCUCAGUGACAAGGAGGACGUUUGGACACAGUGGCAUUGCAGUGCAUACGUGGUACGCGUGUCCAGCAUUAAUCAAGUCCAUUUGGGCUAUGGCCAUUAGUCAACACCAGUUCUAUCUGGACAGAAAGCAGAGUAAGUCUAAAAUUCAUGCUGCACGAAGUCUGAGUGAAAUUGCAAUUGACCUGACAGAGACAGGCACCUUGAAGACCUCCAAGCUGGCCAACAUGGGGAGCAAAGGGAAGAUCAUCAGCGGCAGCAGCGGGAGUCUCCUGUCCUCAGGUUCUCAGGAAUCAGAUAGCUCUCAGUCGGCCAAGAAAGACAUGCUGGCUGCCCUGAAGUCCAGGCAGGAAGCUCUGGAGGAAACACUACGCCAGCGGCUGGAGGAGCUCAAGAAGCUCUGCCUCCGGGAAGCGGAGCUGACGGGCAAGUUGCCUGCUGAGUACCCACUGGACCCAGGGGAGGAACCACCCAUUGUUCGAAGAAGGAUCGGGACGGCCUUCAAACUGGACGAACAGAAAAUCCUGCCCAAAGCAGAGGAGGCUGAGCUGGAGCGCCUGGAACGGGAGUUCGCCAUUCAGUCCCAGAUUACAGAGGCCGCCCGCCGCCUUGCCAGUGACCCCAACGUCAGCAAAAAGCUGAAGAAACAGAGGAAAACCUCCUACCUGAACGCACUGAGGAAGCUGCAGGAGAUUGAAAAUGCAAUCAACGAGAACCGCAUCAAGUCUGGGAAGAAACCCACCCAGAGGGCUUCACUGAUCAUCGACGAUGGAAAUAUUGCCAGUGAAGAUAGUUCCCUCUCAGAUGCCCUUGUUCUAGAGGAUGAAGACUCUCAGGUCACCAGCACACUGUCCCCCUUACAGUCUCCUCACAAGGGACUCCCUCCUCGGCCACCAUCGCACAACAGACCCCCUCCUCCCCAGUCCCUGGAGGGACUCCGGCAGAUGCACUAUCACCGCAACGACUAUGACAAGUCACCCAUAAAGCCCAAAAUGUGGAGCGAGUCCUCUUUGGAUGAGCCUUACGAAAAGGUCAAGAAACGUUCCACCCACAGUCAUUCCAGCAGCCACAAGCGUUUCCCCAGCACGGGCAGCUGUGCCGAGGCUGGAGGGGGCAGCAGCUCCCUGCAGAGCAGCCCCAUCCGCAGCCUCCCGCACUGGGACGCACAGUCCAGCAUGCCGUCCACGCCAGACCUGCGGGUCCGGAGUCCCCACUACGUUCAUUCCACGAGGUCGGUGGACCUUAGCCCCACGCGGCUGCACAGCCUGGCCCUGCACUUUAGGCACCGGAGCUCCAGCCUGGAGUCCCAGGGCAAGCUCCUGGGCUCAGAGAACGACACCGGGAGCCCCGACUUCUACACGCCACGGACUCGUAGCAGCAACGGCUCUGACCCCAUGGACGACUGCUCCUCCUGCACCAGCCACUCCAGCUCGGAGCACUACUACCCGGCGCAGAUGAACGCCAACUACUCCACUCUGGCCGAGGACUCGCCGUCCAAGGCACGCGCGCGGCAGCGGCAGCGGCAGCGGGCGGCGGGCACGCUGGGUGCGGCGAACUCGGGCAGCAUGCCCAACCUGGCGGCGCGCGGCGGCGGCCACGGCGUCUACCUGCACAGCCAGAGCCAGCCCAGCUCGCAGUACCGCAUCAAGGAGUACCCGCUGUACGUGGAGGGCAGUGCCACGCCCGUGGUGGUGCGCAGCCUGGAGAGCGACCAGGAGGGCCACUACAGCGUCAAGGCGCAGUUCAAGACGUCCAACUCGUACACGGCCGGCGGCCUCUUCCGGGAGAGCUGGCGCGGCGGCGAUGAGGCCGACGCGGGCCGCCUGACGCCGUCGCGCUCGCAGAUCCUGCGGACUCCGUCGCUGGGCCGCGAGGGCGUCCACGACAAGGGCCCUGGCCGCGCCGCCGUGUCAGACGAGCUGCGCCAGUGGUACCAGCGCUCGGCCGCCGCGCACAAGGAGCACAGCCGCCUGUCGCACACCAGCUCCACCUCCUCGGACAGCGGCUCCCAGUACAGCACCUCCUCCCAGAGCACCUUCGUGGCGCACAGCAGGGCCACCAGGACGCCCCAGCUGUGCAAGGCCACGUCAGCUGCCUUACCUCAGAGCCAGAGAAGCUCAACACCGUCCAGUGAAAUUGGAGCAACACCCCCAAGCAGCCCCCACCACAUCCUAACCUGGCAGACUGGGAGCUACAGUGAUAGCUGUUUCCUGGAUUCCUCCCUCUACCCAGAACUAGCCGACGUCCAGUGGUACGGGCAGGAAAAAGCCAAGCCCGGGACCCUCGUGUGAGCCAGCCGGCCUCUAUGCCAUUCUGAGAUCACCUCACUGCCUCUCAUUUGCCUUACCCAAGACGCACUGUCACCCUGCACCAGCUUCAGCCCUCAGCACUUUUCUCCCGUCUCCACAUCCCCUUACCCUCAAAAACCUGACUGAGGAGACGUUCUAGAAGGUUCCGGUCCCACUGUGUGAUCCCUGGCUCUCAUGCCCAGAGAGAGCUAGGCACCAAUCCUCAAUGGCACCUCGGUGGCUUCUCCCUGCCAGGAACCAUCAGGGAAGCUGACCAGCAUCAAAUUCCUGUGGACUGGUAGAAGUGGCGCUGGUAGAAGACAGGAAAGGGAACUCAAGUACAGGGUGAUCUGGAAAGACUAUGAAGCAUUGGACAGCCCGCCACCUGCAGGCCCACCAAGCCCUUUCUGGAGAGGACACAUGGGUGGGAAUAUUCAGUUGCCACCUGAACUGAUCCCUGGGGGGCUGUUCAGGGAGGGAGAGAAUGAAAAAGGAAGCUUAACCCAUCAGAGAUGAUCAGAGGAUCACAAUCAGUUCUAUGCUGCCAAAGAUUUAAAAAUGUAAAAAUAAAACACAAAAAAAAUAAAGAGGGGCCAAGAGGAAGACAUUCUUUCUGCAAUGAGAUCUCUUAAAUUCUAAACUGCUCCUACAUACCACAAGUCAAAGUCAACCGUUUGUAAAUCAUUUCCCCUCUUUAUCCCUCUCCCUUGCCAUCCCACAGAGAAACUCACCCAGUGCGAUGAAGUCGGGAGUGGUGGCUGGCAGAGCUGCCUUGGCUCUCCGUGGGCCUGGACACACCGAAUGGAUGGGGAGUGGUGAGCGUCCUGCUAGCCCAGCUCUGCAGUCAAGCCCACUGCACAAAGCUGCUUUCCUGUUGGGAUUUGUAGGAAACAUAAGGUGAUGAUUGCCAGGUGUUACUCUCCCAUUAAACGACCAGUAAAAGUG